AUUCUGCAUUACUGUUUGGUAGCAUCACGCUGCGGCAGAAAAUAACAUGCAGAGUUAAGUCAAUGUGCGGAUCCUUUCUUGCCGUCGAUUCUUCGCAUCGGUUGUCCGCAAUGGCAGCGAACAACUAUUUCGGAUUCGCCGCUGGAAAUGCACAGUAUGGUGCUGCUGGCACCUACCCAGCCACCGCCAGCCAGACAGGCUACACCAUGCAGCACGCCGCUGCAGCAGCAGCCACUCCCCAGCAGUUUGGUGCUCGUGCAGCUCCCACGUACAGUGCCUACGACACCCACAAUGCAGCUGCAGCCGCAGCUGCAACUGCAGCUGCCGCUGCCUUUCACUAUGCCCCAAGGCAGCAGGCCACAUAUGAGAAGAGCAGCCAGGGGGGCUACUACGGCCAGGGCCAAGUGAGCACGGCGUACGGCAACGCGGCUGCCACCACUGGCGCAGCCGAGAGCGUGAGCUCUAGCUACGCGGCCCAACCAACAGCCAAGAGCAGCUUUGCCUCGGCCUACAGGGCACCUCCCUCUGGUCCCAAGAGCAACACUGGCCAAGCACCACAGCAGCAGCAACAGCAGCAGCAAGGCAGCGGGGGCAGUGGUGCAUCUACUACCACAUAUCUCUAUCCUGGCUACUCAAGUUCCUAUGGAGGCGUGCAAAACUCUGGGUACCAUGGAAACCAGAACAGCAGUGGGGGUGGGGGUGGAGCCAAGAUGUCGUGGAACAGCGGCAACGUCAGCACUGGUGGCGGGGCUGGCGGUGGGGGUGGUGGUGCCAUGGGCUCUGGAGGGCCUGGGCCUUACAAGCGGCCUGGUCCCUUCCAGAACAAAAUCAACAAGCCCAAACCACCGCCAAAGCCCCCGCAGUUGCACUACUGUGAGGUGUGCAAGAUAUCGUGUGCAGGCCCCCAGACCUACAAGGAGCACUUGGAAGGUCAAAAGCACAAGAAAAAAGAGGCAGCGCUCAAGAGCAAUGGGACGGCAGGAACACCGCCACUGCCUCGAGGAGGCACAGCCCUGCGUUGCGAGCUCUGUGAUGUGACGUGCACAGGCUCGGAUGCCUAUGCUGCCCACAUUCGAGGUGCCAAGCACCAAAAGGUGGUAAAGCUGCACACAAAGUUGGGCAAGCCGAUUCCUUCAACAGAGCCUGUUGUGAUAGCCGCGACAGGCACCACCACCACAACAAAGCCAUCUACAACAGCCACCACCACCACCACUGCUUCGUCACAGGGUGCUGCGGACAGUGCUGCAAAGGCAGCUGUGGAAUCUGAAAGGGCUGCUGCAGCUGAGGACAGUUCUCUAGAUGCCCUCAAGGACGAUAAAGGCGCAGAGCCUGUUGGUCAGGACUACAUUGAGGAGAUGCGCAAUGACGAAGGCAAGGUGAUCAGCUUCCAGUGCAAGUUGUGCGAGUGCCGUUUCAAUGACCCCAAUGCCAAGGAAAUGCACAUGAAAGGUCGCCGGCAUCGCCUCCAGUAUAAGAAAAAAGUGAACCCUGACCUUGUCGUCGACAUAAAGCCAAGCCUUCGCCAACGGAAGUUGCAAGAGGAGCGCUUUCGACGACAGCUGAAGGAGGACUUCUGGAAACAUGAGGAGGAUCGGUGGAGAGCAGAGAUGAGGAUGGUGGAAGAAGAGGAGCGGCUCUACUGGGAGCGGCAGCGCUAUGAAGACGAAAUGGACCGCUGCCGCUUCUUUGGCCGAGGCCCAGGACCCAUGGGGCCCAUGCCGCCGUGGGGACCGCCCAUGAUGGGGCCCCCAGGACCCAUGGUAGGGUGGCCCCGCCACUGUCCUUGCCCACCCUUGCCGCCGCCGCCACCACCAAUAGGGUGGAGGCAUCGCUCCCGAGGUGGCAACAACCAGAUUGGCAACACCACACACCCAACGCGCGUGGGGGCCCAGUCUGGGCAGCCAAUGCCCCGCCGCCCAGACUCCGUGGAUGAUCGCCAUGUGAUGGCUAAGCACUCCAUGAUUUACCCGAAGGAGGAGGACCUCGGACAGGUUCAACGCAUGGUCACAAACACAGAGAAGGCUCUGAAGUUGGUUUCAGACUCCCUUGCCGAGGUAGUUGAGCCGAAGCCUGAGGCCGAAAAGCCAGCUGACGAUGCCAAGAAGACCGAAGAAGGGAAGAAGGAAGAGCAACCGCAGCGCCUGCUGAAGGGUGUCAUGCGUGUCGGCGUGUUGGCCAAGGGCCUUUUGCUGGCAGGAGACCUGACUGUGGGCCUGGUGGUCAUGUGUUCUGAGAAGCCUGGCCGCACUCUGCUUGCACGAGUGGCUGCUUUGCUGCCCAAGCAUCUUGCUACCGUUUCCCCUGAUGACAAGUAUGAGGUGCGGGCCAGCCCUCAGGACGCAGCUGUGUCAGUGACAAACAAUUCUGAUCCCAAGGUUACGGUUUGGGUAACCCUCACAUCGCCUGUUGUGCGGGAUGGAGAAGCCAGUAACGCCAGUGUAAAAGACCCGCCGGAUGUUCUGGACAGGCAGAAAUGCCUGGAUGCUCUAGCCGCCUUGCGCCAUGCCAAGUGGUUCCAGGCUAGGGCAAGUGGUCUGCAGUCAUGUGUCAUGGUCAUCCGAAUCCUGAGGGACCUCUGUAACCGUGUGCCCACUUGGAGCACUCUCAACUCUUGGGCCCUAGAGCUUCUGGUGGAGAAGGUACUGAGCAGUGCCAGCCAGCCAUUGGCACCCGGUGAUGCACUACGCCGUAUCCUGGAAGCUGUGGCCGGCGGCAUUCUGCUACCUGGGAGCCCUGGAUUGGUGGACCCGUGUGAACGAGAGCCUGUGGACGCCCUAGCUGGGCUCACUGACCAAGCCCGAGAGGACAUAACUGCUAGUGCGCAGCAUGCCCUGCGCCUGGUAGCCUUUCGCCAGAUUCACAAAGUUCUGGGCAUGGAUCCCCUGCCACCACCCAAAUUUGCCCGCAACCUGCUGAACCGCAAGCGCAGGCGUGAUGGCGAAGCUGCAGACCAUGAAGGUGCUGAUGGCAAGAAGGACAAGAAGGAUGAAGCGACACCAGUGGCGACAGGAGCAGCAGCAGCAGCUGGACCCAAAAGUGAAACACCAGCAGCCAAGGCCUGAUAGCGAACCAUCAGCAGCAGCAGUGGGCAGCUCCUUCCCGAGUAAAGGCAGCUCGGGGGUGGAGAGCGACCAUUGGUGCCCAAUUUGCACGUCACUAGCACAGUAUUUAACAACCCCCUGCCCAGGAAACCCCAUCACUGCUAGUGGAAUAAUGCCUGUAGCACUUUCUUAAGCCUUCCAUCUUUUUCUGGUGUCUUGUGUGCUCCUCUUCCCAGGACAGUGGGCAAAACUUUUGAACAGACAAGUGAGGCCAGCAGAACUGCCCAUUCCGACCUGCCUCCCCCAGCCCCUUCCCCUCCAUUUUUCCCUCCCUUCUUUCUUUGUCACCGAAAUAUUUUUGUUAGCACUUUCAAUUCUGUAGCUCUCAAAAUUGACAGCAGUGCUGUCCUCCUUUCCUCUUGAGUGUGCAAAUCUGCAGCGCAUCUGUUUUGUUCAUAUUGCUUUGCUUGACUUGUUUUCAUUGUGAUGGACGCUUUUCUCCCAUGAUUCCCAUUUCGCCUUUCAUUUGUGGCAGGUUUUGUUAUAAGGAGGAAAUUUAAAAAAAAAGCUGCCUUGACAGAAAAAUGUUUAGUCAAAAAAAAGAGAACAGAUUGUGGCCGGUUGAGUUUGGCAGUGAUGGAUGGUGUGUUGGACAAGUUUGUGCUGGGCACGAAUAAAGAUUUGCCGUUGUGGA